GACUUGAGUUCAGCAUGAUCACAGACGUACAAUUGGCCAUGGCCGCUAACUUUAUGGGCAUUGGCAUGUUCCUCUUGGUGGUGUUGUUCCAUCUGAUUUCUGCCAAUGAUCCCGCUACGCCCAACCCGACGCACACGGCUAAACCUAAGAAGGCCUAAUCCUGAUUGAUGAUUAAUUUUUCGGGCUCUAGUUUGGUUGAACGAUAUCCAUCCAUAUAUCCAUCUAUUAUCCAUCUAUCGUCAUGGUGAAUGUGAUCAAGGGCGUGCUGGUCACGUGUGAUCCGGCCAUGAAACAGUUCUUGCUCCAUUUGGACGAGAAAAUGGCCUUAGGCACACGAUUCAUCCAGCAAGAUCUCGACGAUACCCACUUGUUCAUAAGCGAAGAUGCCGUGGGACAGUUGAAGAACCAGAUCGAUGACCUCAUGGACAAGAUCUCCAUCCCCGUGGUCGAAGGGUCGCAACACACUUGAACCGAACCGUCCUUUAUGCCUUGACCUUCUUCUCACCAUUGACCAGAAUUUUCUUUUUCCUUUCUCGACAAUAAAAAUGGAAAAGCCUGA